AUGAACAACUCAACCACCCCAACCAACGGCAUUGUGGUCACCCCAGAGAUGUGGCAGCAGAUGCAAUCAAUGCUUGCCCUCUUCCAAACAGCCAAAUCAGCUCCAGCUCCGGCUUCUUUGGAUCAACAACCUCCAGCCAAAGCGUCAAAUCAACCCUCUCAAAUCACGAGCGCAUCCAAUUUAUAUUGCAACUUGGGGUCUCAAGAAUCCAAUCAGCAGGAAUCAGAUGACAAAAGCGCUUUGGACAAUAGUGGCUUCAAAAACAAAAAGAAGGAAUCUACAGCACCUCCAAACAAGCAAUCAACCCCCAUCAUCGACACACAAGUUUCUCAAAGCCCCUCCAGCAAGAAAGAUCAAGACCUCCUUGUGAUUUCAGAUCUAAAAAGCUAUGACUUUAGCGAGGCUGCGGGUAUCAAGGACUCAGUCUUGGCCAUUGAGGACGCCCCGGCUAUCAAGGACGCCCCAGCUAGCGAGGACGCCUCAGAUAGCGAAAACCUCCCGGCUAGCAAGCACGCCCCGGCUAUUGAGGACACCCCGGAUAUCGAGGACGCGGCGGCUAUCCAAGAAAAUGAAGCUAGCCCGAGUGAGGAAGCUGUGAAAAAGACAAGCCUCAACUUCACCGUUGCACAAAUCCUCGGCCGUUCUUCCUCAAUCGGGCCAUCCCUCAAGUACCAUGCGGCAGCUUCAUCCGCAUUGAGACGACUACACCUCAUCUUCCAGCUCUGCAUCCUUGUCGCAACCCUCGCGCUGGCCCCCGGCGCAACGCUCUGGCUGCGCGGCCAACAGACCGACUGUCUCUCGCUCGCCGGCCUCGGCUAUCUGCUUGUCUUCGACGCCCUGGGCGCCGCUCAUGCCCCGCUCUUCGACCCCCGUCCGGAAGACGGAACGUACCGGCUCCGGGAUGCCUUGGGCCACAAAGACGCCGGCGCUAGCAUCCGCUUGCCCUUCGGGUACACUCCCCUUUCCCUAAUCCCGCCUUCCCAUAUCGAUUCAUUUUGGUGUCGACAUCUAGCUGAAGAAUUCUUAUCGAUCGCAAACGCGGCAACCAAAGACAACCUGGUUAUCUUGGUCUCAACCUGCUCUAGCUCGGUGUCUAUCCACAACUUAUUGCGCUCCGAAACCCACAUCUUCUCGGAAACCUUAGAGUUGAAUGGCCUCAGUCGAGCCAACCGGCGAGAGAUCCUUACUGAACUCAUCAAACUCAAAGCUGCAAAAUCUGGUCUUGAGAUCAGUCGGAUCAAGCCUGAUGCGCUGUCGUCAGAAAAGACCAAGGGAUACCUCCUAACCCUGUCCGAUGUGCAAGACUUGGUCAAUCAAGCGGUUCAUCAAGCUAUCAUCAGAUCAAUGAGGACUGCGCAUCAAGACUCGUCCAAGCCACCAGCCUCUUUGGAGUUGCAAGACUUCGAAAGCGCACAGUCCGGGUUCGUGCCGAUCUCAUUGAGAAAUGUCAAGCUACAAAAGUCCAAAGUAAACUGGUCGGAUAUUGGAGUCGAACAUGUCGCCGGAAUCAUCGGAAUCGCCGGGAAGGAUGCCACCCUCAUCCUCCGAUACUUUGGCUGGAACAAGGACCUCCUCAUGGAAAAAUAUAUGGAUUCACAAAAGAAAGUCUUCCAAGACGUCGGAAUUUGGACCGACCUCGAGCUCAACAAACCUUUGUCAUCCAAGUGCCGGACACGCUCCACGCCACAAUUUGAAUGCAAGAUCUGCUUCAACAAUGAGCCUGGCCAGGACACAAUCUACCUCCACUCCUGUCCGCCCUUGCCAAAAGACAAAGGGGCGCCGGCCAGUAGCGGCGGCUCGCACCUUGAGACGGUCGAGGGAGUCAAAUGGUGGUUGGAUGAGGCCGAGCGUAGCAUAUUGAACCCAAGAAUAUAA